CCCUUGUUCAUUCUUUGAGAGUGUACAAAGAUACUUUCAUUCCAGUCAAUGUUGUGUCCGUGAGACAAAGAGACUGAAUGUACCGUUAAGCAGAUAUAUAAGUCUCUUGUGGGCGUCGUCUUGCAGGUUGCUUGGUCAGGUAAAAUUGAAGACAAGAUUUGCAGAGACAGGUCUCGCAUAUUGCUAACAUCCUCAAUAGUACCUCAAUCCAAUCCAAAUCCAAUCCGACUUCGACAAUGUGCUGGAAAGUGGAAACAAAGGUCCGCUGCGGGAUUUGUCGCAAGGAAGCUGUUGUCUCGACCGUUCAUUUAGGCUGCCAUCUUGAUGCUGUCGACAUGGACUCCAGAGGGACUUGCGCCGAAGACAUCACCAGUGAGAUCUCCGGCAGCCAUCCUUGUAACUCAUGCGUCUUUGAAACAGACGAUGGUGGCCCUGCCGAUGACAGAUACCCAGAGCCAUCUGACCACCCCGGCUUCGAUCAGCCCAAGCUUGCACUCGAGGUAGGCAGAGUUCCGCUUCCUGAACCAACGGUCUAUAAAACCCACCGCAAGAUAGAGAAUCUUGCUGGAGCUGCUGACGAGCUGCCUAGCUAUGACGAAGCAGUGAGCACACCUGACCCUCCCUCCUACGUCUUGACUUGGGUUCGCCAUGCUGAGACAGAUGUAGCUGAUAUAGCUUCCAAUUUCGCAACUUAUCGUCAUCGAGGACUCGCUGCAGUUGCGAGAAAACGCAAAGCGCAAAUAUUCGAGCUGCAGCGCAUGCUCGAGGACAAAAGCUCCAAGGCAGCUAAACUUCUGGAUUUUGCCUACGAAACUAUCGAGUCCUUUCUGGCUGAACAUGAGCAAAUGAUGCUCCGUAUCAUUCAUCUUCGUAAGCAGCUUGAAGCUGUUCAGACAGAGAUUGCUUUUGAAGGUUCGUCUUAUCCCAGUCCCUCCCAGAUGGCCCUCUUGGAACACAGAAGAGAUGCUAUAUUGAGAGCAUUGGAAGGAUGUGCUGAGCUUAAUCAUCUCCCUGACAACACUUUCGUGUCACCCGCGGUAUGGGACUCGAGAUUGGGGAAGCUGUUGGCUCAUGUCAGAGCUGAAAUGGAAAAGGCUAACAACUCUGGCUCGGAGUAGAGAAGGUAAAAGCUACUACAGGUAAGUAGGUUCCCGAUAUUGCGGGUAUUGUGUAAGAUGUGGUGACGUGGUAUCGUCCAAACCUCUGGUAGGUAGACAGGUUGCGGCUAGUCUUGUGUAUACUUUUAGAUACUUUCUGUCGUUCUGCUUCGACUCUAUCACAAUAACUUAAUCAUACUUCUCAUCCAGAUGAAC